AUGGCCCCGCAAACAGCAUUAGCUUCUGGCCGGGGACGCAAACCCACAGACAAUGAAGCUUCAACCCUUCCAGAGGAAGCUUCAUUCCUUCUAGAGGAAGCUGCCGGUCCGGAGGAUGAGAGUGGUUCACGCAGCCGCUCAGGAGAGGACCAGUCUGCCGCUGCAGAUGCUGAGAACAGACCUGAGGUCAGCGAGGCCUCAGACCAGCGUCCCUCCGCCUCUGAGACCAAACAGAGUCAUCCUCACCCCAACACGGUGGAGCCGCUGUCGGACCACAGAGGGAACCUCAACGGGAGAAAUCACUCCGGAGCUCCUCACCUUCCUGGUGAUCACCUGUUCGAAGUGACCGUCGAGGUGAAUUUCAGUCAGGAUGUGGACGAGUCGUGGGACCACGUGGCCACGUCGCUGCUGCUGUCGGUGAAGACUCUGAUCAGUGAGCGGCUGGAAACUCCGCACACGUCCCUGCUGCCUAAAAGAAUAAAGAGGUUGAGUGCAGGAGUUGUGUUUAUCCUCUGGCUGCAGACGGGACAGGGGCGAGGGAGUCAACACGUGCACAGGGUCGUGGACGCUGCCGGCCAGAGCCUCAUCAACACCAGUGUGGGCCGCGGGGGAAUCCACAGGAAGGCCGUCAUCAUGUCUGUGUCGACCGCAGAUGUAAACGAGUGUGGGACCCAGCUGGUGUUGUGCGACGUUAAAGCAGAAUGUGAGAACCAGUUCGGCUCGUACUCGUGCCGCUGCCGGCCGGGUUUCCUGGACGUGUCCCGUCUGGGAUCUGGAGGAACCGUCUGCGUGGACGUGGCGGCUGCAGGUUGCAGCUCGGGCCUGUCAGCUGAGACCAAAGGCGUCUACGUGCUCUUCUUCCUGCUCAGCUCCCUCAUCCUGAUGCUGCUGGCGGCCGCCGGCAUGCUGUACCGCCGUCACCGCCGGGGGACCUUCCUGGUUCAUUGCAGCGGCAUCUCACCUCCUGACCCCAACAACAACCGUCACCAUCACGACGGCUACUCGAGCCCCAGCGACUCUGACAUGCCCCCGCCACCCCCGCCCCCCCGGGCUGCCCCCAGAGAGGCCUGGCCCCAGGUGAAGGAGCUCUGUCCGACUGUGGACCUGCCGCUGCUUCGCUUCAGCCCCCUGCUGCCGCCGGACGUCUACCUGGAGCCACGGCAGGGCGGGAAGAUGUGAUCCCAGUGGAGAAUCAUGACUGUUUGUUCAGAGGUCUUUAUUUAGUUUUCUUUCACUGUCUUAUUCUCUGCUCCACUGUUAUCUGAUGAAUUAAAGUCACAAUUAUAAACAGCA